UUGCGUGUGUGUAUAUGGAGCUGAAACUUUAGACUGCUCACACUCUCUUCCCUCAUUCUCUCCUCUGUCCCGCUCUCCUCUUUUUCCUCUCCCCUCCUCCAGCACACCUUUGUGUUGUUUUUCUUACACUCCUUUCCCCCCUCCCUGUACAGCCUCACUAGCUUUCUCUCUGUCCUAUGCGCUCAGAUAUUUUGGGUUACUGUGAAAACCGAAAGUGUUCAGAACGAGAUGCUGCCGAUACUAAAGCUGUUUGGGCUCCAUGUCUCCUUCAGGGCCCAUUGAAGAAAACAAGACUUCACAUGUGACGGGGAGCAACUCUGAGGACCCUAAACAUACUUUUUUUUUUUUUUUUUUUUUUAACUUGUUUUCCUCACCAGGUACUGACAUUUCUGAGAUAUUGGAAACAAUCAAGCUUUUCAAGACUGACAGAAAAAAGUGAAAACAAUGAGGACCAAGCUGUGCCAACUUUCUACACAGUGCUUUCUCUUGGGAGUGUUGCUCUCUGUGGUGGACAGUAAAGGGACUUUGUAUGGAGGCCCUGUAAACCCUUUCUUUGGAAACAGAUACAACCUCUACAAGGCUGGACUCAACCCUCACCACUCACCAAACAAGCCAAUGACCCGUCACAAAAACUAUUGUGCCUUCAUGGUCCAGAAGAACGUCACAUGCACUAUGCAGGAUGGAGUGGAAACCUAUGUGAAAGCUGAGUACACCGUCAAGUGCAUCUGGGGUCAGAAAUGUCCUGUUGUCAUGUACAGGACUUUCUUUAAGCCGACGUACAAGGUGGGCUAUAAAACAGUAACUGAGCUUGAGUGGAGAUGUUGUCCAGGAUACUCUGGAGAAACCUGCCAUGAUGGGCCCACAUCACUGCCUGACGUCAUAGGUGCAGGUUUACCUCAUCGCCCAGGUGUAAAAGGCUUCCCCCAUGGCCCUAGGCCACCUGUAGACCAGAGGCCUGGAGGAGGUCAGCUAGAGCCUGGUAAACCCUUCCCUGGUGUACCCACGGGACACUUCCCUUCUGGGAGUGGAAAACCCAACUAUGGUAACAAAUUUGGCAUUUCAGGAGUGACUGGUGAACGUUUGGACCGAAUGGAGGAGGACCUGCGGCGCCUCAACCAGGGCCUAAGCACCCUCAAUGGAAUGGUGGCUGGCCUUGAGGAGCGACUGCGCACAUCCCUCCGGGAAGACACAAAUAAAAUCCUGGUGUCGCUGCUGCCCAACACUCCACAAGUGCACGACUCCAAAGUGGGAUUUGGGGUGAUUCCGGAGGGUACUCCCGAUGGAUUAGAAGGAGGAGAAAUUUUCCCUGGAUUUCGAGACUUGGCCGGGAGAGUGACUGAAGUGAAGGAUGAGCUGCGAGCCAAGACUGACAUUUUAGAGGAGAUUCAGGGAAUGGUCCUAGGUCAUGAUGGACAGCUAAAGAGGCUGUUUGAUGGAGCUAAAGGCAAACUCAUCCCUGGUUCAAGCUCUUAUCCAGAUGACAUCUUAAAUGCCAAACUGGUUGGGAUGAGAACUGAGAUCCUGGAUGGCUUUGAACGCCGUCUGACCAGCCUGGAGAACCACUGUGAUCGAAUGAUUGGGGAAGUACAAAAGCAGUGCCACAGAGAGCACAUGGAUGGGCAGGAGCAAAUGCAGCAAUCUCUGGAUGGCAAAGAAACUGGGCUCAGGAAGGAGUUGGGCUCUCUGCAAGCUCAGAUUCAGGGUCUAACUCUGACUGAGAGCUGCUGUGGACAGGUAAACAGCUUGUCUCAGCGCAUGCUGCUUCUGGAGGAGUCAGUAAAAGGUUUGACAGAAUCUCAGAGACAGCUCCAGAUAGACCUUGGCGAAAGAAGCAUCCAGAUAGAGACCCUAGUUGAGACCCGUCUGGUGGACAUAGAGAGCAGACUCAACACUACCACUGGUGGAUCUGAUGGAAUUGAAGGGCUUCCUGGUGGUCUGGAUGGCUUCAAGAACAUGCUGGAAGACAAGCUGAAGACACUAGAGGAAAGAGUGUUUGUGGCAGUGGAAGAGCUGAGCAAUGCCACCACUCCGGCUCUUCUGGAGGGUCAGGUAGUUCCUGCACUGGAGACAGAGAUUGAGUCAGUGAGAAGAAGAGUAGAAGGAGACCUGAAUGGGUUUCAGAAACAGUUAAUAGACUUGGAGCUCCUCUGCACUUCCUCUUGUGCACCCUCCACCCCACCAGCAGGAGAUAGCAGUGAAACUGAAGUAAAAGAGCAGUGUGAAAGAAUAGAGAAGAAGAUGACGGAUCGUCUGGACUCCCAUUCUGACCAGCUAGACCACCUUAAUCACACCCUGCAGAAUUUGCUUGUUCGGAUUGUACAGGAGGACACGGAGGGCUCUGUCCAGGGAGAGAUCACACUAUUAAAGGUCAACAUCAACUCUGUGAACCGCACUCUAAAGGGUUUAAAGGACUCUAUUAGAUUUAUUGCCACUGAAGUGGGCCAUGCUAAUUCAUCAUGGGACCAGAGAGAGCAUCAGCUAGUCAAUCAGGUGCAUGGAAUCACCAGACUCAUUGGCCACCAAGCCUCCCUCCUCGGAGCUGGCGAAAGGCGGCUGGCUCAGCUGAAGGGGGAACUGGCAGCCCUGAAGAGACAGUUGGCUGGGGGUUUACAGGGCUGCCGCAACACAGCUAUGGAAGUUCAGAAGGAGGUGAAGGUCGUUGACAGCAGGGUAAGCCAGGUAGAGGGCCAGUGCAGCAGCCUGGGGGAGCUGGCAGAUCACCUGGAGAGGAUCAGGGCAGAGUUGGAAAGACACUCUGACACUUACCUGGCUGAAGUGAAUGGCACUCUGGCCAUCCAUUCAGAACAGCUGGCCGAGCUGAAGGGGGAGGUUAAAGACUGUGUAGCCAAGGAAGCCGCCAACCAAAAUGGAGACCAGUAGCAUUUGAGCUACAGUUAUUUUUAAUGACUUACUGUAUUUGUGCUUCUAAUAAACUCAAGUGUCUACCUUUUCCUCUGUCCUUUCUGUUUCCAAUCCCACCAACACAGAUGUAAAUUAGCUCAACUGGUGAAAGUCAUUUCUCAUAUGUCUCUUGUCCCAGUGCGUACAGAUGUGCUGGUAUUUACUUAGUUCAGUGAUGUGAGAAGAGACAGAGUACAAAGACAUGCCUGUGGUUGUAUAGCCUGUAUUUCCCUUCAGAAUUAUUCUAUAGGGCUUUUUUUUAUUAU